AUGAAAGUCUGGUUUGUUACUGGAGCUUCUCGUGGUUUGGGCCGUUCUCUUGUCGAGGCCGUACUCGAAAAUGGCGAUGCAGUUAUCGCAACGGCAAGAAGUCCGCAACAACUUAGUUAUCUCGAGGAAACGUACGAUAAGUCACGACUUCUGUUAGCAGCCUUGGAUGUGACAAAUUCAAGCAACGCUGUCCAGGUUGUCCAACAGGCUUACGACAAGUUCGGCCGAAUCGACGUUGUGGUCAACAACGCUGGUUACGCCGAUAGCGCCUCUAUCGAAGAUAUGACCCUGGAAUCAUUCCGAGCGCAGAUGGAGACUAACUUCUUUGGGGUUGUCAACGUCACAAAAGCGGUGCUACCGCUGUUACGAAAGCAAGGUUUCGGUCACAUCCUUCAAGUAUCUUCAGUAGGGGGGAGACUUGGGUCACCUGGGCUUGGGGCUUACCAAAGCGCCAAAUGGGCCGUCGGAGGGUUCUCAACAGUAUUGUCGAAGGAAGUCGCUCCACUCGGCAUUAAAGUCACAGUGCUCGAGCCCGGUGGGAUCAAGACGGAUUGGGCGGGCUCUUCGAUGGGUCAUGGGCACGUCAGCGAGGCGUAUGUGAAGACAGUUGGAUUCAUGAAAGAAGCAAGGGAACGAGCUUUCGACGACUGGUCUGAACCGUCAAGCAUUGCCAAGGCUAUCAUGCAAAUCGCUGCAGUUGGAGAGCCGCCGUUACGUUUGCUACUGGGGCCGGACACGAUUCAACAUGCUGCGGCAGCCUCCGAGGCACUGACAGCUUCAGAUAGGAAGUGGGAACACAUCAUAAGACUGCAAUUCUGA